CAAAUUACACAUCACAAAAUGUUUUGUGAGCAGUGAGUACACGCUGGCAGAGGAACACAUUCUAAAAUGGGAUUGUUGGAAGCUUUUCUCCAGGCGGAUAUCUACGUCCACCUGCUGGGGGCUGUGGUCGUCCUAGUCGUUGUGUACGUUGCUUCAUCCACUUUAAACUCCAAUCAGGGUGGCAAUGACCCCCCGGGACCAAAGCCACUUCCUGUGCUGGGAAACCUACUGCAAUUGGACCUGAAGAGACCCUACAACACAUUGGUGGAGCUCUCCAAGAAGUAUGGCCCCGUGUUCACCAUCUACCUGGGAUCUAAGAAGGUGGUGGUCCUGGCCGGCUACAAGACGGUAAAGGAGGCACUGGUCAACCACGCCGAUGAGUUUGGAGAACGAGAUGUCUUACGACUGGUGACGCAAUACAACAAAGGACAUGGUGUCUUAUGGAGCAAUGGAGACUCCUGGAAGGAGAUGAGACGCUUCACUCUCACCAACCUGAGAGACUUUGGAAUGGGCAGGAAGGUGUGUGAAGACAAGAUCAUUGAGGAAUGUCAACACCUCAUGGAUGUUAUCAGGAAGUUCCAAGGAGAGUCCUUUGACACCACUCAGCCAAUCAACUAUGCCGUCUCAAACAUCAUCUGCUCCAUCGUUUACGGAAGCAGGUUUGAAUAUGACGACCCCGAAUUCACAGCCAUGGUGGAUGGAAUGAACCGGAAAAUCCAGCUGGCCGGCUCCCCGUCAGCUCAGGUCUAUAACAUGUUCCCGUGGCUGGGCAAAAGGCUAAAGCAGAACAAGGAAUUUUUCAGACUGACCGACGACUACAGCAGGAAGAAUCUGGAAAUAUUUUGUCGUUUGAAAAAAAGCCUCAACCCGCUGAUGUGCAGAAGCCUUGUGGAUGCCUUCUUUGUCCGCAAGCAGCAGCUGGAGAGCAGUCUCAGCUCGGUGCUCGGCGCUCUGUUGGUUCUUCUGCUGGUCUAUGUUGUGGUUUCCUCGUCGACUUCCGGCUCGCAAGAGUCCCGCAGGGAGCCUCCAGGUCCUCGACCGCUCCCCCUGCUGGGAAACCUGCUCCAGCUGGACAUCCGCAGACCCCAUGAAACACUCUAUGAGAUGUCCAAGAAGUAUGGACCAGUCUACACCUUCCACAUGGGGUCCAAAAAGGUGGUGGUCCUCGGCGGCUACAAGACGGUGAAGGAGGCGCUGAUCACGCACAGCGAAGACUUUGGAGAAAGAGAACCUCUGACCACCGUCAAGGAGUCCAAGCUGGAGCACGGCGUUAUAUGGAGCAAUGGAGAUUCGUGGAAGGAGAUGAGACGCUUCGCUUUGACCAAGCUGAGAGACUUUGGAAUGGGCAAGAAGGCUUGUGAAGACAAGAUCAUUGAGGAAUCCCAACACCUCAUUGAUGUAUUCAUCAGCCACAAAGGCGAAGCUUUUGACAACAACAAGAUCAUCAACUCCUCUGUGUCCAACAUCAUCUGCUCUAUGGUGUUUGGCAGCAGGUUUCAUUACGACGACCCCGUCUUUACGGCCAUGAUUCAGCGCAUCAACAGGACCGUCCAGAUAUUGGGCGCCCCGAGCAUGCAGUUGUACCAGAUAUUCCCGUGGUUAGGCAAGUGGUUCUUCUCGGUGAGAGAGGAGCUUCGCAGUCUAGGACUCGCCAACCGCAAGCAGGUCAUGGAGCUGGUCCGGGGCCUCAAGGAGACGCUCAACUCGCACGUCAGCAGAGGAUUUGUGGACGCGUUCCUCAUCCGGCAGCAGCAUCAGGAGGAGUCUGGUGAUGUAGGUUACUUCCACGAUCCCAACCUCAUCAUGACGGUGUCCAACCUGUUUGCUGCCGGCACAGAAACCACCUCUACCACAAUCAGAUGGGGGCUUCUCCUCAUGGCCAAGUACCCAAAGAUACAAGAGCAAGUCCGAGAGGAGCUGAAUAGGGUGAUCGGGGAUCGGCAAAUCCAGGUGAAGGACAGGAUGAACCUGCCUUUCACGGACGCCGUCAUCCACGAGACCCAGAGGCUGGCCAACAUCACCCCUAUGGCGCUUCCUCACAGGACCAGCCGGGACAUGACCUUCCAGGGUCACUUCAUCAAGAAGGGGACGACAGUGCACCCUCUACUCAUGUCCGUCCUCUACGACGAAGACGAGUGGGAGAAGCCACACUCCUUCCAUCCCGCCCACUUCCUGGACAAAGACGGGAAGUUUGUCCAGCGAGACGCCUUCAUGCCCUUCUCUGCAGGUCGCAGGAUCUGUCUGGGAGAGGGUCUGGCCAAGAUGGAACUCUUCAUCUUCUUCACCACGCUCCUGCAGCGCUUCCGUUUCACUCCUCCCCCGGGGGUCUCAGAGGACCAGCUGGACCUGACCCCGCAGGUGGGCUUCACCCUCAGCCCGGCGCCCCACAAACUGUGCGCUGUCUCCUGCAUGUGAGCUUAGGUCUACAGAACUUUGGUAAAUAUUCCUAUGAAUAUGAUUGACAGAUUUGGAGGGAAAUUAUCAAAUUCUUUAAGCAUAUAAAGACAUUUAUGUCAUUUCCUUUCGAAUUAUUUCAGAAUGACUUUCAGGAAUGAAUAGAAUGACGCACAAAGCAAAUUGCACAUUUAAACAUUUUAAUCGAAGAGUAAAUUAUUGUGAAUAAAGAUGAUGUUUCCAUCAA